AUGAAGCGCAAAAAGUUGCGGGAAUGUCUGGAAGCUGGCACGACGAUAAGGCGAACAACCAAGGCGGCGAACUCACUCGUUCCCCCAAAAGACAGAUUGACUGUUGAAGAGAAGACCAUCUACGAAGGCAAACUUGAUCUUCUGACUCGGUGGAAUGUACUCAUGCUACACUCUGUUGCGAACUAUGAAGACUUACUAUGGCAUGCUUGGGGCGAUCGGGUCGACGUUGACAGCGACGAUUGGCAAUGGGGCCGACAGAAAGUUCUCGGCUAUAAUCGAUUAUUCAAAUCCAGAACUCUCGCUGCGGUCAAAGACUUUGUUGCCAAGCAACUCGAGGAUGAUACAAGCUUGCGUGGGAUGGAGGCCGAUACCUACGCAACUCAUAUCGGUGAGCAGUUCAGCUCUUGUGAUUGA